CAAAACUCGUGUGAUUUUACCAAUUUUAGUUCUACUUGUUUUGAUUUCUGCGUUGAUAAUAUCAUUUAUAUAUCGUAAAAGGUUAUUGAUGCUUUACAGACAAAUAGCUGGAGAUCAUAACAUUAAACAAGUUAGAACCAUAAGUAGUGAGAGAAGCUCAACCCCUACCCAAUUAAAUUAUGUUAACGUAGAACAUAAUGUACGCAACAUGCAACAUGGCAAAAUAAACGACGAUUCCAAAAAUGAUUAUGCAGAGCUAAGAACGGAUGACAUCACAUAUACUGUGCCCGAGGUACGCCUCAGUCGAGCAUCCCUAAGCUCCUUUAUGUCGUUGAAAGACAUGAGUGAAGGAGAUGGUGAAUAUCAUUUGCCAAUGUACAGCAGCAUGUCAGCACUUAACCAACACUACGCACAACCCGGAGCUACCAUCAGUACCGCUAGAUCUAUGGAAUCAUUGUCUAUUCCUCCUAUUAAUGCUGAUGACUAUAUGUCUAUGGGAUCACGUUUUGCAUCUUUCUCACAUAAUUAUGACCGACCUACGUCAAGUCAGUCGAUGGACAAUAGCAAAACUGCAACAAGUAGAACAUGCCCACAGUUCUAUAGAGACCAAGAAGAUUACGUCUCAAUGUUUAGCCAAGAAGAAGAUUAUUCCAACAUCGGAAAACCGCUCGGUGAAAGCUUCAGAGACAAAAAAUAUAUUAGAAAAUAUAACAAACACAAUAUAAAAAGGAAAGAGCACAGCGAAUCUGAUACUCCCGAUGAUUGAAGAAAUAAUUAUUACACGUUUUGAUAUCAAUAGUAAUCACAAUUGAUGAUAGCUGUAACGUGUCUUGGGAUUAUGUUGAAUUACAUUCCGGUUGAUCCAACAGGGCAUUUUAACCACGACGUUAUCUUUCCGGUUAUUUGCCGUAUUUAUGAUUUCACUGCUAUAUUGCUAUACAAAUCAUCACGGACAUAGACACUUAUAAUUAUAAGCACAUAAAAGUAAUUUUGGUAUGGAGAUACACCUUCAUUGCUGUUGUUUAAAGAUGAGAAUAAAUAUUUGCCAGAAAAUCCGAACGGUAAUCGGAAGGUCUUGGGUUCGAAUCCUGAUGGGGGACAGAAGUUUUUCUCUGAUAUUUAUUACGGUAUCAUAUUUAAAAAACACUAGUGGAGUUGUAUCUCCAUAACAAAGUUACUUUUAUAUGAUUGACUAUUAUCCAUUGUGUUUUACGCAAUAUCUUGAGAAAAAAGGUGUCCUAAUUGGAAAUCCCAAGGCUGUAUAACCACUUGGUCUCAUAGCUCAAUUGGAAGAGUAUAACGGUAAUCGGAAGGUCUGGGGUUCAAAUCCCGAUGGGACAUACGUUUUUUAUCAAAUAAUUAUAAGCACGAAUCACAACAGCAAUACAAAACAUGGAUAUAAUUAAUUUAGCCAUAUAAAUAAAAAAUGAUGAAUGAUCCCGGUUUGCUGGCGAAGAAUAUUUUAUGUCGUCAGUCCCCUUCCUAUUUCCGGUCUAGCUCCUCUACACUUUCUACUCAUAUAUGCAAACUGAAGUUGUACGAUGAUCACGCUUUUAAGGUCGCCGCUCCCAUAGACCUAGUAUUCACUUUACAGUUUUACAUCCAUUACCAUUACCAUGCAACGUCACUACUUACACUAAUAAUAUGCUGAGGAUAUAUCCGUUUAUGAGAAAAAAGGUGACCUAUUAAGUACCAUAUUUAUCCAAAAAAAAAGUUUGAAAAAAACCCAUAUAAAGACCGAUAUAGAAACCCAAAAUGUUCAUUGUCUACCGUUAAUCUCGACAGUGACACACACAGUAUUUGUACAUUUUAAAUAAAUUAUUGAAUUAAUGUA